CCCCCCCCUUUCCACCUCGCUCCCUUUCUCCUCCUUUUAUCUGCUCCCUCCCCUCCUUCAGGCGCGGUAGCAUCAUGAGAUCCCAGCUGGCCGCCCGGACGCGCACCCUCCUGGGCCGCAGCGUCUCCCUGCCUCUCACCCGGUCGGUCCUGCCUCCUGGGCCGGUGCUUCGGGGCUUUUCGAGCGUGGCCCCGGUCCCGGCUGACCCGGUGGAAGGGGCCCCCUUCAAUGUGCUGUCUCUUCGGGCCGAAACGGUGGUCCAGCCGGAGAUCGACCCGGCCGGCCAUGUGUCCCGGCCGUCGGUGUCUGAGCUCUUCCGCGAGCUGACCCAGCGUUCGUUGAUUGCCGGCAUCACGCAUGAGGGUGUCCGUGACUUGCCAUACCAUUCGGCGGUCGAUGCCGAGCCGCUGUGCGCGUAUUCCGGCUUCGACCCGACUGCCAGCAGCCUGCACAUCGGCAACCUGAUCAGCAUCAUUGUCCUGUCACACUUCGCCUCGUUUGGCCAUCAUGCCGUGGGUCUGAUCGGCGGUGCCACUGGCGAGGUCGGCGACCCGAGCUUCCGCACCACCUCCCGCACCCACCAGGCCCAGUCGCAGGUGUCCUCGAAUGCCUCGUCCCUGGAGCAGCAGCUGGCCACGCUGCUGCUGCGGGGCUCUUCUUUGGCCCUUUCGCAUCGCCUGGAGCGGCAGACCCUCUUCGGCGGGGAUGCCGAGGGCCUGGCCGCACAGCAGGCCCGGGCGUACCCCUUCGCGCCCACCUACCUGGAUCACAUGCUGGCCGAGGUGGAGGUGCCGGAGGCACUGUUCAAUGCCUCGCCCGGGGCGGAGGCCGAGCAGGAGACCGUUGCCGCUGUGGCGGCCGAGCGCCGGACCGUCGCCGGGAUGCUGCAGGGCGCCGGGCCGGUGCCGGUGGCUGGGCCGACGGCCGCGGCGCCGGGGCUAGCCACGCGUGCGGCUCGGGCCGGGGCUGCCGGGGGCCAGGUGGAGCUCCUGAACAAUCGGCGCUUCUACGAGGGGCUUGGGCUGUUGGACUUCCUGCGGGACGUCGGGUCCCGGGUCCGGGUGCAGCAAAUGAUCGGCCGGGAUAGCAUCCGGUCGCGGCUGGCCCCGGCCGGGACCACGGGCGGGGACUCCGGCGAUGGUCUGUCGCUGGCGGAAUUCACGUACCAAAUCCUGCAGGCGUACGACUUCUACCGGCUCUUCCGGGACCGAUCUUGCCGGGUGCAAAUCGGUGGCAGCGAUCAGUGGGGCAACAUCGUGGCCGGUGUCGACCUGAUUGGAUCGAUGCCGGACACGGCGGCCACGCUGAAGCCGGCCGGCUGGUGGCGCGCUGACGGCCCGGCCCCCCCCGGGCCCGGUGACCACGCCAAUCCAUCGGAUGUCGGCCUGGCCAUCGGCAUGACCACUCCCCUGGUGACCGAUUCCCAGGGGCGCAAGUUCGGCAAGUCCCUCGGCAAUGCCAUCUGGCUGGACGCCGCGCAGACGUCGCCCUUCCACUUGUUCCAGUUUUUCCGCCACGCAGUCCCGGAUGCCGAUGUCGGCCGCAUGCUCCAGUACUACACCUUCCUCGGGCCGGCGUCCAUCCAGGCCGUGCUCAAUGCCCAUGCCGACACGCUCGGCGAGCGGGGCGUCGCGCAGAAUGUCCUGGCCUUCGAGGUCACGCGCCUGGUGCAUGGUGAGCUGGCCGCCAUCCGGAGCUACAAUGCCAGUCGGCUGCUCUUCUCGUCGGAAAUCCAGCAGGGUCGGACGUCGGCCACCGCGCGCGAGCUGGGCCCGGUGCCGCGCCCGCUGGAGUCCGCGCCGCGGCGUGCCCUGGCCGCGGCCCUCACGGCGACCGGCCUGCCAGGGUGGACUCUGGACGCCUGGGUCAACCCGGCGGUCGGAGCCAUCACCGCCCUGGCUACCGAUGCCAAGCUCGCCGCCCUGUCCAGCGUGGUCCCCUGCCACCGGGUCCCGAUCGGGGACAUCCUGCGCCGGGGGACCGACCAGGCCCCGGUCACCGUGGCCGGGCUGUGCGUUGAUGUGGGCCUGUGCGCCUCGCGCGGCGAGGCCAUUCGCCUGGCCACGCAGGGGGCCCUGUAUGUGAACAACCGGCAGAUCGGCCCGGCCGAAGUUCGCCGGCCACUGGACCAGGGGCUGCUGGCUACCGGGGACAAGCCGGAGGAUGGCGAUCUGGCCACCUCGGCCUGGGCCACGGCUGUCAGCGCCGGGGUCGAGCCGUUGGCCGGUCCGCUGCCGGCCCUGCCCGAAACCCUGCUCGGAAGCCUGACCCUGCAUGAGCGCUGGCUGGUCAUCCGGGCCGGCAAGCGCCCGCCAGCAGUGGUGGAGAUCACCGCCGGGGAGUCGACGGCAGUCGCGUAGGCGUGUGCGCUCUCCGAGCAGCCACCACCACCACAACACCGGUGUCGCCGCGCGCAAGGAUCCCCGCCCGGCGCUCGUGUGCUUUUGCCUUUGCUCCCCCCCCCCCCCC